AUGCGUUCGGACAUUGAAGCCUUCGGCCAGGCGGAUGGCAUUGUACGCCCGAAGAUGCACACCCCUAAUUUGGACAGAUUAGCAGGCAGAAGUCUGCUUCUGAAACAAGCACAUGUCCAGCAAGCCUUGUGUGGACCAAGUAGGACAUCGCUUCUGACCAGCAGACGACCAGACACGACUCGGGUGUACGACUGUAAAACGUACUGGAGAUCCUCAGGAGGUAACUUCACCACUCUCCCGCAGUAUUUCAAGGAGAAUGGAUACAGAACAAUUGGAAUCGGAAAAAUAUACCAUGGUGGCAAAGCAUCAAAUAAUAAUGACCCUAAGUCCUGGACGGAUCCUUAUUUGGAUGCACCGGAUAAAUACAAGAAGGACAAACUGUUGAUGAAUGCUGUAAGUCAAAAACGGUUAGACAAACAACCUCUACAAGAUACUUUGAUAGCGGAUCAGGCUAUUGCUGUAUUACGUGAUGCUGCGCAAAAGGCCAAAACUGCAUAUUACAGUGCAGUCAGCGCAACAGACUUCGAACUUGGUCGUGUUAUCAGUGAACUUGAUAGACUAGGUUUAUCCAAGAAUACUGUCAUCGCUUUCUGGGGGGACCAUGGUUGGCAGUUGGGUGAACACGCUGAGUGGCAGAAACAGACCAACUUUGACCUGUCGACUCAUGCGCCAAUGAUGCUUAGGAUUCCAGGGAAGACCGACAGUGGAAUCGUCUCAGAGGAGCUGGUGGAGUUUGUAGACCUGUUUCCCACGCUUGUUAAUGCUGUGGGCAUUCCAAAACUUAAAACAUGCCCCCCAAAUUCUAAAAAGGUCCGACUGUGUACUGAAGGUACUAGUUUCCUGCCACUGGUUGAUAAUCCCAAACAAGAGUUGAAGAACGCCGUUUUUUCCCAGUAUCCAAGUCAAGUCAAAGGUUUGAUGGGGUAUACACUGAGAACCAAGAGGCACAGGUAUACAGAAUGGGUGCCGUUCGUUGGGAAAACCCGCAACUCCCGCAGACCAAAGUUUGGGAGUAUUAGGACAGCGGAAUUGUAUGAUCAUCAGGUGGAUCCAGCGGAGAAUGUGAACUUAGCUUACAAGCAAUCAAUGAGGAACUUGCGGCAGAGACUUAAAAUGAAGCUGAAAAAGGAUGGCGGGCAGCUAAACCUCAUGAUAAAGAAAUAA